AAUAAUAAAAGAAAAAUGUCAUCAUCAAAGACAUUACAAUCAUCAUCAACGAUUUCCAUUAUCAUUGUAUUGGUCAUUUUCAUCAACAUACAAUUAUUAUUGGCUAUCAAAGAUGAACAACAACAACCACGAACAGAAUCAGCUAAUGAUUUUGGAUUAAAUGCAUCAUCGUUGGCGUUGUCUAAUCAUGACAUUAAUAACAAUGUUUUACAUAACAUUACAAAACGAUCAUCAAAUGAUCAACAGGAAAAUGUCAAAUUAAUCUGUUAUUAUUCCAAUUGGGCCAUAUAUAGGCCUGGUGUGGCAAGAUUUACACCACAAAAUAUUAAUCCAUUUUUAUGUACACAUUUGAUUUAUGCAUUUGCUGGAUUAUCAAGUAAAUAUGAAUUGAAAGCAUUCGAUCCUUAUAAUGAUAUUAAUCAAGGAAAUUAUAAAAAAUUUGUUGGUCUUAAGAAAUAUAAUAAUCAAUUGAAAACAAUGAUUGCUAUUGGUGGUUGGAAUGAAGGAUCGAAAAGAUUUUCCAAAUUAGUUGCAAAUAAUGAUCUACGUUCAAAUUUCAUUAAAAGUGUAUUGAAAUUUUUACGUGAACAUAAUUUUGAUGGUAUCGAUUUUGAUUGGGAGUAUCCAGCUUUUCGUGAAGGAAGUGCGCCCGAAGAUAAGGAAGGAUAUGCUAAAUUGAUACGAGAAUUACGUUUUGCAUUUAACAAUGAAAAAUUAUCCACUGGUAAAGAACGAUUAUUACUUAGUGUUGCUGUACCGGCUGGACAAGAUUAUAUUGAUCAAGGAUUCGAUGUUCCUGUUAUAUCACAAUAUGCUGAUUUUUUAAAUGUACUUAGCUAUGAUUAUCAUACAUCAUUUGAUCCUGAAACUGAUCAUCAUGCACCAUUGAAAUCAAAACCGGAUUUUAUCGAUGAAGAAGCAUCCAAAUUAAAUGCCGAAUGGACAAUUAAUUAUUAUAUUCGUUUAGGUGCACCACGUGAAAAAUUAAUUCUUGGUAUACCUACAUAUGGUCGUUCAUUUACAUUGGCUGAUGAAAGCAAUAAUGGUAUUAAUGCAUUGGCUGAAGGUCCUGGUGAACCUGGCCCUUCUACAAGAGAAAAAGGUUAUCUUGCUUUUUAUGAAAUAUGUCAAAAAGUUGAAGAUGAUGAUUGGCAAUUACAUCGACCUUAUCCACAUAUUGAAGGACCAUAUGCUGUAAAAGGAAAACAAUGGGUUGCAUUUGAUGAUAUUGAAAUUAUUCAGGAUAAAGCUAAAUUCAUUAUCGAUCAAAGAUUAGGUGGUGCAAUGGUUUGGACAUUGGAUAAUGAUGAUUUCCGUGGCAAUUGUUAUGGUGAACAAAAUCCAUUAAUAAGUUCGUUACGAUCAUCAUUGAUUAAUCCAUUGUUACAAGUAUCACCAGCUGCAUCACGCGAUUCUACUUCUUCCGCUCGUCCAUUAUCAUCAUCUCGAGAUGAAAAUUUAAUUCGUAAUCGAUCAAGAAAUCAAAAUUUUGGACUAUCUGAAGCUGGACUUAAUGCAUUAAAUGUUAAUACUCGACGUAAUCAACGACGCAAACAAUAUUAUGGUACAUCGUCUACGUCAACAACAACAACAACAACCACAACUACAACAACAACUCAAGCACCAACUACUACAGCUUUAGCAUUAUCAUAUACAACACCAGAACCACCAACUACACCAGAUCCCGGAAUAGAAUUCCAUUGUGAAGAUGAAGGUUUUUUUACUAAUCCAAAAGAUUGUCGAAAAUAUUUCUGGUGUUUGGAUAGUGGUCCGGCUAAUUUAGGUAUCGUUGCUCAUUCAUUUACAUGUCCAUCCGGAUUAUAUUUCAAUAGCAAAACAGAAGCCUGUGAUUAUCAGGAAAAUGUUUCUUGUCGAAAUAAAAAAGAUAAAUCCUCAACAACAACAAAACGUCCAAGAAUUCGACCGAAAAUUGCUACAACUUCAUCACCAAUUACAACGACGACGACAACAACAACAACAUUACCACCACCAACCACAACAACACAACAACCAAUGACAUCAUCAUCGUAUAGACAAGAUAAUGAUGAAAAAAUGAUGAUGGAUACGAUGAGAAAAUUUAAUGAUGCAGCUAAAAAUGGUAAUCAUAAUGAAUUGAUUCAGUUAGCCAAUCUAAUCAAAGCAUUAGGAGGUAUUGAAAAACUUGAAGCAAUUCUUAAAGGUCCAAAUACAGGUUCCAAUGAUAAAAGAAAACCAUUAAAUUCUGAACAAGAUGAUGAAUCACCAUCAAAUUUUUUUGCCUAUGUUACACCUAAACGAACACAAGAAUUGAUGACUACUACACCGGCACCAUCACGUAAUGAUCGUUCAAAACCUAUACGACAAAGACGACCACAAUUUUUUGAUUCUGAAACAAUAUUGACAACAACGACUGUUUCGACCACUCCAGCACCACAAACAACAGCAUCUUUAUUUUCAUAUUAUGAAAAACCAAAAUCAAACAACAACCGAAAUAAUAAUAAUUUAGAAGCUGAAUCAAUUGAUAAUUUUGUUAAAAAAUCUAAUGCAAAACCAUUUGAAUUUAAUUAUAAUCAACCUGAAGGUCGUAAUACAAUGAUGAAUGCAUUCAAUGAUAUGCAGAAUUCUCGACGUUUGAUUUCAGAAGAAAAUAAGCAAACAUUUUCAAAUGAAUCAUCAUCAUCGGCAGUUAUAAUCGAUCCUAAUACAAGACAAAUAUAUAGAAUACCAUAUAAAUUAAAUAAUUUGGAUAAUAAUCGAGCAUCGGAUAUUAUCGAUAAUAAUCUGAUUGCCAGACAAAAAGAUCCAUCAAUGACAAGACGUAUUCGUCUUCCACAUCCAAAUACAAUGCAUCAAUUUUCACCAGCAGUUUUAAUACCCGAUAAAGCUGGUGUAGUUUAUGAAGAUGAAUUCUUUUUCGAUCAUCAAUCAUCAUCUGCUAAUCGAAUGUCUGGACCUUCAUCGCAAACACAUCCGGAACAAUUUUUACCACCAGGUAGCGAACUUCCAUUAUCUGCAUAUUUACGUCAAUUUCAACCACCACCACCGCCAUAUCAAUUACCUAAUAAUGAUAUUGGUCAUCGUUCUCAAUCAUCAUCAUCAUCAACAUCAUCAUCACAAUCGCAACAUCCUCAUCAACGACGUAAACCACAAAAUCAUUUCAAUAUUCCAUUACAGCAAGAAAAUCCUAUCAAUUUAUUGAUCAAUACGCCACCACGUUCACCUGAGGAUAAUAAAUUACCAUUUAAUGUUUUGAAUACAACACCAUCACCAUUAACUACAACAUCGUCUACAGUACCUAAAUUUACCAACUACAAUACAUUACCACCAGAAUUUGAUAUCUCACCAUUCACCAGUACCAGUAGUUUAUAUAAUCCAAUUCAGGCAAAUAAUUUCCAAAAAAAUCGAUUAUCCGAUCUGUUGGAUAGCUUGACAUCAACAUUAUCAUCAUCAAAUCCAACUACACCAAUGCCAACAACAUUAAUUACAAAUAAUGAUCCAAUAAUUCAUUCAAUGGGUCCAAGACGAAGAAUUGCACGUCCAAGAAGGCCAUUACCUGGCAUACAACAUCAUCAUCAAUCCCCAACAACAAGUUUACAAACAACAACACCUAAAACUUCAACGACGACGACGACGACAACAACAACAACUCGUCGUCCAUAUAUUGCACCAGCAAUUGAUACAUUUAAUGGACCAUCCGUAUUUUCUAAUACUGAUAAUAGUCUUGGCUGUUCUAAACGUGGUGUAUUUGCACAUCCGGAAAGUUGUGGUAUGUUUGUUGUUUGUGCACCAGCUGGUCGUAAUAAAAAAGGUUUUCGUACAUUAACACAUCAUUGUCCGGCUGAACAAGUAUUUGUUGAAGAAGUUGGACGUUGUCGACCUGGUAAUAAAGAUCGUUGUGAAGUUUAUCAUUAGAGGUGAUAGAUAAUGUUCAUACUAUUCACACCAAAAAAAAAAUCAUUUACUGGAAUAACCAAAAAUUGAAAAUUAAAUUGCCAUU